UCAGAAGACAAUGCGCAUAUGCCGUUCUUGCAGGUGGGCGGCUACGAUCUACGCGGGUCUGGGCGCUCCGGGUACUAUGGGACGGUGUAAGUGAUCGUGAUGAGGCACACCACGCAUUUUCUCUUCAUCUUUCUCUUGACCCACCUAUGACUCAUAUAAACCCCCGUCUCUCGAGCAGUGCAUCUCAACCUCACGGUCCUCACCCUCACUUCUUCCCUCUUCCGCAAUGCUGCCUCGUACUCUACAUGCCACCCCCAAAAUAAAGCCAUGUCUCAACUCUCGCUCAGCACAGACCUUCAAAGCGUUCUAUGCGACUAUCCGUGACCUACGCCAUUCUAGGAACGCUCCUGAGGGAGGAGAUGGAGAACCUGCAGAUGACGACUUUAUCAUGUCCAUCUUGCGUGCCAAUCCGUCAUUGAGGGACACUCGCUCCUACUUGGCGAGUUUUGGCCCCAAGGCAAAACCUACCCCGCCUCGCGAGGUUCGGCCAGAGCGCAAUGAGCAGACCGAUGUACCUGUCGCCACUGAGGCCAGGCCGCCGGACGUCGCACCCCAACCUCAAAGUCCCGUCAUUGCUUCUAUCCUAGACCCGAUUGUCCGACGAACUGCUCUGGUGAAGGUACAAGGACCCUUCACCGACAAACAGCUGGAGAGUAUAGCACGUGGGAUGAUUUAUCUGGAGAAGCUAGGUCUGCUCAGUGUGAUGAUCGUUGAGAACGAUCAGAUGGCACGUGGAGAGGAGAACGAACGUUCUGCCAUCGUUGAGGAUACAAUGCGCGUCGUAGGUGCUCUCGAGAAGCAAGGCGCACGAGCACGCCCGGUGCUCGGUGCCGUCGUCCGUCUCGGUCCAAAUCCAGGUGACGAGGAUGUAGAAGAGCGAGAUUUCGCCGUCCCAGAAGCACAUACAUUCCCUUCCGACCUUGUACAUAUCCGUUCGGCACUUCGCGCGGGCGAAAUCCCUGUUCUUCCGCCCAUGGCACUUGACUCCUUCUGUCGUUCUGUCCGAAUAGACAGCAAUCAUGUCAUUGCCGCUUUGGCUCGAGGUAUGACAGAGGCUGCUGCUCUCGAACGAACAGAGAAACCUGGCCAGGCAAGAGAGUCGGAAGUUCCUUCAGACGAUGUUGACCUGACUCCCAUGCGGCUUAUGAUCAUCAACCGCGAAGGCGGCGUGCCGUCUUAUGCACGUUCAGGGCUGCCUCAUCUUCUGGUCAAUCUUACUUCAGAAUUUUCAUACAUCAAGGAGACUUUCGAUCCGCAGUGGAAGGGCUCACAUCCUACUGCUCUGUCAAAUCUCGCCCUUGCACGAACAUGCCUUGCUUACAUGCCUCCGAGCUCGUCCGCCGUGAUGGUCUCGCAUCGAUCCCCCAGUUCCCUUAUAGCUAACUUAAUCACUAACAAGCCGGCAGUCAGUUCCAGCUUGCCGCAUGCCCUUCUUCAAGGCAAUCGGAAGCUGAACCCGCAUACACCGACUUUGUUACGUCGUGGUCUUGAUAUCCGAGUCAUUCGAACAGCUGCGGAAAUCGACCGACCUAAAAUGAAGGCUCUUCUUGAGCAGUCCUUCAAACGUUCCUUGGACGAAGGUCCAUUUUGGGAACGUCUAGAAAAAAGUCUUGACUUCGUUAUAGUCGCCGGCGACUAUGCCGGAGCUGCUAUCGUGACCCGUGAAGAAUGUCCACCGAACGCACCUCCCGACUUCAAUCCAAUUACCUAUCUCGACAAGUUUGCUGUCCUUCCUAGCCAUCAAGGUGAUGGAACGGUGGACUUCUUAUGGGUUGCCCUCCACGACGAGUCUUACGGUCUCGGUCUGCCUUUCUCUGCAAAUCCUAACGGUGGCAAGCAGGGUAAAGGUGAAGGUCGUGACCUUGUGUGGCGGAGUCGAGCCAACAACCCUGUCAACAAGUGGUAUUUCGAACGCAGCACCGGGCAUGUCCGGAUGGGCGAAUGGGUGCUUUUUUGGUGCGAUGCUGAGAAGCGUCUCAAAACUGAGGGGGCUGGCCGUGCCAAUGCCGGGUUGUCAUAUAUAGAGCAUUGGGAACACGGCAGGUUGUCGGUAUGGGCGGACGUUGUGAUGAAAAUUCAAUCUAGUUGGCGGAAGUGAUGUUUCACGUGGUACUAAUAUACUGUUGGAUUGACCUAUUUUUUUUACACUCCCAGAGACUCUACAUACACUUAUUCACCGUAAACAUUGGAAUGCUAGAUUUAUCACUCUUUGUAUCAAAAUUAUUGUAUAACAAACAUAUCCAUCCGAACGUUGGUCUAAGUCGCUCAAUAAAGCUUGAAGUCACAGCCGUUGCCUUUUUGUCUGAGGCUUUCGACGGAUCUGAACGACCAUGAUCGGAAGCUAUUGAUCCGGUUAUAGCAAUUGUUUCAACCUUUAUCCUAGGUGAUACCGUCAUGACAACAAAGAAAUGUUUGGGUGGUCA